GGCUUAUUGUUUUAGAUUUGUUCGAUAUAUACAAAAAUGUCUCAUUUUCGUGAUACUGAACGAACUCCAAUAAUAAUGGAAAGAGAAAGAGUCGGAAAGAAGAUAGCAACAAUUGUAGUAGGUCAUCACUGUGCGCCAAGUGCUGUGAGAAAAAUAUUAUCUCGUUACUACAACGUCGUCCGUUUUUUUCUCUUUCCAUUAUUAUUGGAGUUCGUUCAGUAUCACGAAAAUGAGACAUUUUUGUAUAUGUCGAACAAAUCUAAAACAAUAAGCCAGUAAAAUGGACUGCAUAUAUACAUGUGUAGUUUUAACUUAUGCUCUAUCCAUGGAUAUGUAAAUGAAGAUAUAAUAAUAAAGGAUAGAGGAGAACGAGCUAAAAAAAAAGGCACUGUUUUUGUCCGCGGGAGAUUGAAUAUCUAUCCAAUAUUUGUUUUCAUUUGUUUUCUGUUAAGUUUAUAGUGCCUCGGUUAUUAAAAAUAAAUAAGUAAACAAAUGGCUUUUUAAUUCUCACCCGAAAGGUUUCUUCAUCUUAUUCAACACAACAGAAUCAAAAAAGACACGCAGUCUGAUAUGCAGGUAAAAAAUAUAAUGUGUGCAAAAACAAGUGUCGAUUCAUCAUCAUCAUCAACAUCGUGUUCAAGGCCUCCCAGUGAUUUUUAUUGGGCUUGUCGAAAUGGUGAUGUUAAAAAAGUAAAAGAAUUACUAAGUAACCGAACAUUAAAUGACAUUAAUGUAGAAGAGUCGAAUGGAUCUACGGCAUUACAUGCUGCCAGCUACAAGGGUCAUUUCGAAAUUGUUCAGUUACUGCUUAAUGCCGGCGCUAGUCGAUCGAUAAAAAAUAAACACAAGUUUUUUCCGUAUGAAGAGGGGAGAACGCCGGAAAUUAGAGAACUUUUUUCUCGUACAAAUCGUAAUCGAUUUGGUAAUGAUGAUAUUACCAAAUUAGAAUGGGCUGAAGUAGAUUUACAAGCUAUCAAUCGGCGUUCAUGGCUAAAAUUAAAUUGGACAAAAGACAAAAUGUUCAAUACAAUUGAAUGGAUGAGCAAAAAUUAUCUUUGCGAAAAAUUACCUGAUCUCACUGAACAUUCAACAAUAGAAUAUUUUUUCAAACAAGCGGAAACAGAGGAUUCAGAUUCGGAAGAUCGGAGGAUCAGAGGACAACCGAAAUAUUUAAUCAAAGCAUAUACGGCUGAGACCGAUUAUUAUAGAAAAUUCAGCAUAGAUUUUGCAUCAGAAGAUUUGGAUAAAGAUUGGACUUCAAGUAUGCUGCAGUGGAUUGUGGCCACAUUCUAUAGUCAUCCGCUAUUAGGUGGAUUCAGCUUCCAAGGUCAAACGUAUCGAGGAGCGAAAAUGAGUGAUAGUGACUAUAAGCGGUACCACACUCAAUACAAAGCUGGUAAGCGCGUUACGGUUAUGAAUAAGUUAUUUUUAUCAACAUCGAAAGAUAGAAAAGUGGCUGAAGAAUUUGCUAUUGGAGGAAAUCUAUCAAAACAUUCUGUUUUAUGUAAAUAUGAAAUACGAAAUGAUCGCACGGCGCUGGACAUAGAGUCAGUAUCUGAAUAUCCCCAAGAGAAAGAAGUGCUGAUAUUACCUAAUGCCACUUUUAAAGUAGUCAAGAUCAUAGAACAUGACAAGAAGAAAGACAUGACAAGAAGAAAGACAAAUUUGGCUUGA